GGUUUGACAAUGAGCAGUCGGAGAAAGAGGGCCCCUCCUGUGAGGGUGGAUGAGGAAUCAAAGAGGAGGCUUGAGUGGAACAUGCUGGAGGACCGCAAAAACGACGGGAUCCAGGAAGGUGACGAGACUCCAUCCUCUUCCUGCCUUACAGCCGACCCCACUGCCAGCAGCUCCUUUUUCUCAGCGGUAGAACAUAUCCCAGAGGCUCCCUGCACCAAUUUGUCUCAGUUUUUAGAUGAACUUCCAAGUACGUCCUCAGAUAGUGCCUCAGCAUCCACCUCUCUGGCACUCUCUGUGGUGCCAGUUUUGAAGAUGGGCCACAUCUGGAAAGCUCUAAUCGGGGAGUUCAGCAUCAGGCCAGCUUGGCUGCCUUCCGACUACGAGCAGAGAUCUUUUAUGUUGUGUCGGACUGGUGAGCAGCUCUACCUGAGUUAUAGCAGCGGUGAUGAGAGCUCUGGGCUUCAGUGGAGCCCUGAGGAUGACAGCUGCCCAGUGGAGUGCAGCCUCAGUAGGAUCCCGUACGAGGACCUGAGCUGGCUGCAAAAGAGGAGGGUGGUGGAACUCUGCCACCAGACAAAAGAACAGGAAGUUAAGGUGGGAAUUUAUUUGCUAGAAACUGGGCUCGGAAAGCCAGAGUUCCUCAGUGAGGGAAACGCUCGUCUGAAGAAAGCCAAUCAGCUCAUGCAGAAACUCAUGGAAUAUUUCUACGAUUUCAUCAUCCCUGAAGUUGUAGAUAACGAGGAGGAGGAGUGUGACACGGACCUUGAGAGGCAAAAUGUGGAGGAACUUUACGAUUACGUGAGGCACCAGCAUCAGAAGCAGAACCAGGAUGUGACGUAUGACGUCCAGCACCAGGUUCUGAUUCCCGUCCUCAGGCCGUAUCAGAGCCAGGCAGUUAACUGGAUGCUGAGGAGAGAGAAAUACGGCAUCAUUGCACCUAAAGAACAAUCCCUACAUUUCCUCUGGCGAGAGUUGGUGACUUUAUGCGGCAAGAAAUUGUUUUAUAAUCCUUUUACUGGCUGCUUAAUUCGAGAGUUCCCUCUCGCUGGUAUUGAGUGGCCUGGUGGGAUCCUUGCUGAUGAGAUGGGCCUCGGGAAAACAGUGGAGGUCUUGGCGCUUAUCCUUUUUCAUACGCGACAGAAUCUGGAGCAGGAGGCCUUCACAUUGCCUGUGGGAAAAUCUGUAAAUUACUUCGUUCCUCCUCGUCCUUUAGAAAAGAAAGUUACCCGCUGCAAGUCUGAAGCUCAGCCCAAAAUAAAAACCUCCCACCCAACCGUGCGUGUGAUAUUGCUAAAUGCGAUAAAGGAAAUGCGGACCGGCAAAGGAGCCUCAGUCAACGCUGUUUUCACCUACAUCCGGGCCACAUACGGCUUUGACCUCCUGAAGAACCGCAAUCACAUCAAGAAGACGCUGGCGAAGCUAAUAAAUGAGGGCAUGGUCGACCGGGUCAAGGGUAGAGGCUUGGCGGGGUCGUUCAAGUUGGGAAAAAACUACAAAGAAACAAAAAAGAUCCUGUCAGGAGCACCCAAGUCUAUUUUCAAAACGGCAGAGAGCACGCCUAGGAAAAUGUUUCAGAGACGAGCAAAAGAGAAGGCAGAGGCAGCUCUGCAAAACUCCCUGUCAGAUGAUCAAAGAGAUCUGAGUCCUGCGUCUGACUGGUGUGAGACAGAAGGAAAAGAAGGGAAGCAGUGGGAUGAACGUUUGAACGAGCGGGCUGAUCAGGAGGAUGAAUCGAUGGAUACUACCGCAGCAUCUGUGAAGAUACCCCAGGAGAAAGGUGAGGACAUUCCCAGAAUCAACGAGCCGCUCGAAGAAAGAGGAGAAGCCUCUCAGACGGAUUCUCAGGACGAGACAGAAACUCCCACCAGAGCAUCGGUGGUCCCGUUCAACACCCUGGAUUACCGCUUUGAGUGCAUCUGUGGAGAGCUGGGCGUUAUUGAUUACAAGGCCCGCGUGCAGUGUAUGAACUGUCAGCUGUGGCAACAUGCAGACUGUGUCAACUAUAAAGAGGAAAGUCUUACGACAACCCCCUUUUACUGUCCUCACUGCCUGGUAGCUAUGAAACCAGUAUCCACUGGUGCCACACUCAUCAUUUCCCCUAGCUCCAUCUGCCACCAGUGGGUCGAAGAGAUCAACCGCCACAUCAGAUCCUCCUCCCUGCGAGUGUUGGUGUAUCAGGGGGUGAAGAAGCACGGCUUUAUCCAGCCUCGUAUGCUCGCUGAGCAAGACGUGGUCAUCACCACCUACGACGUGCUUCGCUCUGAGCUCAACUACGUCGACAUUCCUCACAGUAAUAGCAAAGACGGCCGGCGCUUCCGAAACCAGAAGCGCUACAUGGCGGUUCCCAGCCCCCUGGUGGCCGUGGAGUGGUGGCGCAUCUGUCUGGACGAAGCCCAGAUGGUUGAGUGUCCCACAGCGAAGGCUGCAGAAAUGGCUCUGCGUCUUGCCUCCGUCAACCGAUGGUGCGUCAGCGGCACUCCUGUCCAAAGAGGCUUAGAAGAUCUGUACGGCCUCAUGCUUUUCCUGGGCGUGGAUCCAUACUGGGUUAAACACUGGUGGGACCAGCUGCUUUAUCGCCCUUAUCGCCGUGGAAACACAGAACCUCUGUACAAUGUUAUCGCUCAGAUAUUAUGGCGGUCAGCUAAAAAAGACGUCAUCGACCAGAUUCAGAUUCCCCCUCAGACAGAGGAGGUUCACUGGCUUCACUUCACCCCAGUCGAGGGUCAUUUUUACCACCGCCAGCAUGAGGUCUGUUCCCAGGAUGCUUUGGUGAAACUCAGGAAAAUCUCUGACUGGAGCCUGAAACUGGGCAGCCUGGACCGCCGCACCGUCAACACCAUCCUGUACCCGCUGCUGAGGCUGCGUCAGGCCUGCUGCCAUCCGCAGGCCGUCAGGGGGGAGUUCCUGCCUCUGCAGAAGAGCACCAUGACAAUGGAGGAGCUCCUCAAGUCUUUGCAGAAAAAAUGUCGAGUGGAGUGUGAAGAAGGUCACAGGCAGUUGGUGUGUGCACUCAAUGGUUUGGCUGGAAUUCACAUCAUCAAAGGCGAGUUUGUAGAGGCCGUGGAGAUGUAUAGAGAGGUUCUGCGUUCAUCAGAGGAGCACAAAGACAGGCUGAAAACCGAUUCAUUACAGAGGCUUCAUGCCACCCACAACUUGAUGGAGUUACUACAUGCAAAGCAUCCUGGGAUUCCACCAACCCUCAGAGAUGACAGGCUCGGGGAAGAGGCUGAGCAGCUGCGGCAGCAUUAUAUGACCAAGUACGAUUCGGAGGUGGCCGACGCCCAUCAGGCGCUGCAGCCGGUGCUGCAGAACAUCAAAGAGUUGAAGCGGAAGGUGAACUUAAACUCCCCCUGGUGGUUGGAGGUCGUCCAGAGGGCAAUCCGCUGCUCCACCGAUGAAGAUCUGGUGUCCCGUGUCAAGAAUGAGCUAACGUCGAGCUACAAGCAGCAGUCCCACAAGCUCUCCAUGGCAGACAAGUUCCGUGAUGCCUGUGGUCUGCAGUUCCUGCUCACCACACAAAUGCAAGAUCUGAUGAAGUCCCAAAAAACUGUGCAAGACGCAGUGAAGAGCCUCGAGGGCCCAGCUUCUAAGGAAGUGAUUGAAGAGGCCACCGUUUGCCACCUUAGGCCAGUGAGACUGCCACUCAACAACUGUGUGUUCUGCAAAGCAGAUGAACUUUUCACUGAUUAUGAAUCCAAGCUGUUUGCUCAAACGGUGAAAGGUCAGACAGCCAUCUUUGAGGAAAUGAUCGAGGAUGAAGAAGGCCUAGUGGACGACCGUCUUCCCACCACCAGUCGCGGCCUAUGGGCGGCCAGUGAGACUGAGCGCACCCUCAAAGCCAUCUUGUCGUUCGCCAAAGUGAAACGGAUGGACCCGGAGCUGGUGGAGGAAGGGAACACUUUUAUGGAGCUGUUUGAGAACUGGAAGAAGGAGUAUAAAGUUUUGCAUGAGUACUGGAUGGUGCUGCGUAAUCACGUGUCGGCCAUUGACGAGUUGGGGAUGGCUACUGAACGGCUGCGUGUUCGUCUGCCUGAUGAACCGAAACCCAAACUUCUGCACAUUAUAGAACCGCACGAAGUGGAGCAGAACAGAGUGAAACUUCUAAACGACCAGGCUGUGGCCAAGUCGCAACUGCAGAAGAAGCUAGGACAGUUUCUCUAUUUAACCAAUCUGGAAAAGUCGCAGGACAAGUCAACUGGAGGGCUGAACCCUGAGCCAUGCCCCAUCUGUGCUCGGCCGCUGGGACAGGAGUGGGCAGUGUUGACCUGUGGUCACUGCUUUUGUAAUGAAUGCAUCGCCAUCAUUGUGGAGCAGUAUAGCGUGGGCUCAAGGCGGCGCGCCAUCAAGUGUGCCAUUUGCAGGCAGACUACGUCCCACGCAGAAAUCUCCUACGUUUUCACCACCCAGUCGUCGAGCCACGAUCAAGACAUACCAGUCAAGGGAAGCCACUCUACCAAAGUGGAGGCGGUUGUAAGAACAUUGAAGAAGAUUCAGAUGAACGAUCCUGGUGCAAAGUGUCUCGUCUUUUCAACAUGGCAGAGUGUCCUGGACAUCAUUGCUAAGGCCUUGUUGGACAAUAACAUGGAGUUUUCACAAAUCAAUGGAAUUCAUAAAUUCCAGGAAAAUCUUAGUUCUUUCAAGUAUGAUGAAAAGAUCAACAUUCUUCUCCUCCCUCUCCACACCGGCUCCAACGGCCUGAAUAUCAUUGAAGCAACACACGUCCUGCUGGUUGAACCGAUUCUGAACCCAGCUCAUGAGCUCCAGGCUAUAGGCAGGGUACACCGGAUUGGUCAAACAAAGCCAACGUUUGUGCACAGAUUCCUAAUUAAAUCCACUAUCGAGGAAAGAAUGCAAGCAAUGCUGAAGACAGCGGAAAAGAGUCACACCAGCACAGCCAUGAAGCACUCUGAGGCUGCCGUUCUGACAGUGGCCGACCUGGCCGAUCUGUUCACCGAGGACACGGAACCUCUGGAGUGAUUGUGCACAUCGAUCUGCUCCUGGAGGAAGAGCAGAAACACAGCUGAUCCGUUACACAGCGGCGUUUAAAAGUACUCUGAAUUUGCACAUUCCUUUUUUAUAUGUCAGCGACUUGAAUUGUGAAAUGCAUUUCCGGAAAUUUUUUUUUAGCCAAUAACAAGUGACGUGUUUGCAAAACAUAUUUAAGGUCAGAUUUUAAUGUAGGUCAGUUACUGUUCUGAUUGUCUCAGCUU